CGCAUUUCUCUCCCCCGUCCUGGCCUACCUGUUGUCACGCUCGUGGACUCACCGCUCCAGCCAUGCCGGCUGCGUGGUGCUCAAUCUGCCGUGGCGAGGACGACCUCGAGGUGCGCUGCUCUCCAUGCGGCAGACGUUUCCACAAGCAGUGCCUCGGCCUCAGCUCGCAGCAAGCGCUGCCGGUUGACUGGCGAUGCGAGUCGUGCCUCGCCCUAGAGGAGCUCGAAGGGGAGGAGCGGGAGCGGCACGACGCUUUCGUGGCAUCCCAGAAGGCCCUCUCGGCCGACGGACGCGCCCUCGCCAACCGGCGCAGCACCACACUACUCGCGAAAGCGGCGCUGCUCGAGCCAUUUGUGCCCGCCGCGAAGCUGGAGGAGGUGCGGCGCGCGGCGCGAGGCAAGGAGAAGGGCAAGGGGCGGGGCGGGGCGGGCUCGCGCGCCUCGAAUGACUCGCCCAAACAGGAAGAGCGGCUCGUCGACACCCAGCCCUCAUUUGUGACGGCGACGCUGAGAGACUACCAGGUCGAGGGAGUGAACUGGCUGGUCGAGGCGCGCGAGUCAGGGAUCGGAGGCAUCCUCGGCGACGAGAUGGGGCUCGGCAAGACGCUGCAGACCCUGACGAUGCUCGCCUUCCUCAAGAAGGUGCGGGGCCUCACGGGCCCCGCCCUCGUCGUCGCGCCGCUCGCCGUGUAUCAGAACUGGGCAAACGAGUGCAAGCGCUUCACGCCCGAGCUAACCUUCUUCAAGCUGCACGGCUCUGCGCACGAGCGGAACGCGCUUCUCGAGCGGGCGGACGUGGUGUACGCAGAGUACGACCUCUUCAUCACCACGUACGAGACCUUCAAGGCUGCCGAGGGCUUCUUCACGGAGGACGUCUCUUGCUGGUCGGCUCUCAUCGUCGACGAGGCGCACAACCUCAAGAACGAGGCCUCCAAGCUGCACAUCGGCCUCUCUCGCGUGCGCGCAAACUUCCGGCUGCUCAUCACGGGCACGCCGCUCCAAAACAACCUCCACGAGCUCUGGGCGCUGCUCCGCUUCCUCCUCCCCUCCCUCUUCACCACCUCGGACCAGUUCGACGCGGGCUUCGACACCGGCAAGCUGGUCGCAGACACGGACCUCAUCGCAAAGGCGCGCGACUUGCUCGCGCCCUUCAUGCUGCGCCGGCUCAAGGCAGACGUGGUGACGCUGCCGCCCAAGCACGAGGCGGACGUGUCGUGCCCGAUGAGCAGCCUGCAGGCUCGCUGGUACGCGCGGCUGCUUGACCGCGACCUCGAGUCGCAGUCUCUUCUCUCCACCUCGCAGCUGCAGAUCAUCAUCACGCAGCUGCGCAAGGUGUGCAACCACCCGCGCAUCCUGCUGCCGCGCCUCGCCGUCCUCGACAGCCUGCUGCACCGGCUCAAGGCGAACGGCUCUCGCGUGCUCCUCUUCUCCUCCUUCACGCAGACGCUCGACCUGCUCGAGGACUUCCUGCGCUGGCGCGCCUUCGGGCCGCACCUGCGGAUGGACGGUUCGACCAACCGCAUCCAGCGCGAGCUCGACAUGCGCGAGUUCAACGCGCCCGGCUCGCCCCACUUCGCGUACCUGAUCUCGACCCGCGCCGGCGGCGUCGGCAUCAACCUCGCGACGGCGGACGCGGUCGUCCUCUUCGAGCCGGACUGGAACCCGCAGAUCGACCUGCAGGCGACCGACCGCGCACUUCCCAGACCCUUCCUAGACCCUUCCUAG